CCUGACAGGAGAUCAAUCAUCAUCUCGUUUGAGCGUCAUACAUCAGCCUUUAGGAGAUACGUUUCCCACCACGUUACAAUCACUUCGGCGCAAUGCACAGUCAAUGUCGUUUGUCUUCAAACCUAGUACGUCGGUUUUGUUUGUCACUUCGGGACAUGAAUGAAGUUGAAAACACCAUAGUGUAGUUUGCGCGUCGGGAUAGGUCGGGAUUUGCCUAUUUGAGUCGUACUAUGAGCGUCAGGCGGGUUUCACUCUGAUCCUGCCGGAAUCAGUGCAAAGAUGCGGUGCGCUUGGAUUCAUCAUGCCAGGUCGUCAAGCACAUAUAUAUAAGACCCUGAGUCCUCCUCGCCUUCCUCACCACGUCCUUGACGAUAACGGUACUCUACGCUUUUUCCUUAAUUUUCUCUCCUUUACGAGAGUCUUUGUGGCCGGUCCACAGUAGACAUCGUUGUUUUCGUUUUCCUUACCUUUUUUUUUGUCAAGACACUCAUCCUUUCGGCGAAGUUCCAUUAUGUUCAGCAGAUCAGCAGCCGUCGCGAACCAGAGUGGUCGCUUUUUGUCCCCUCUUUCUCCAAUCUCACCUCUGAGUGCCUCGUUCGGUGCAGUUGAUGCCGAGGUUCGUCGAGGGAUGCGUUCAGGGAAGGUGAUUCGAAACGUGCCCAAGACGUCUGGUACUACCGUCGCCCUCGAAGUGUCAGGCUCGACCACCCCUUCCACAUCCAUAGGGUUUGGAUUCGACUCUACAAUAAUGGAGCGUUUGGAGAACGCACUCGCUUCUCCGUUCUCUCCCAAGAGCUUGCGCUCUUUCUUGCCCAACUCUCCUACAGUCACCUCUCGUAUGAGCGGUAGCCCCCUCAAGCCUCGCAUUGCUGGCGGCCGUGCUGACGCCAGGGUCGUCUCAUUGAAACCGCGAAAGAAGGGGACGCCAAAACCGCUCCCCCUCAAUCAACCGUCUCGUCUUUCGGAGCAAUCACCGCUCUCGCCGUUCAAGUACUCAACUUAUGUCGAAACUAAAGCGACUCUGGCGCCCAUUUCACCAUCUGCAGUUCUUUCGAAACUGUCUCCAGUACCCAAUGUUACUUCCAUGUCCGAAGCUGAUAUUCGCAAGCAGAAAAUGGAGAAGCUCGCCCGCUGCCUUGGUGAGACAGGUCCGCAGGAAAUGGUGUUCCCUUCCUUCGGACAAGUUGGCGCGGAGGUGCAAGGUGUUCCUACCUAUCUCGACCUGUACCGUCAACACAGCGCUAUCGACGAUUCCGUGUUGAUGAACUUGAAGUCACCUGCUCCUCGCGAUUCCAAAGUCGACUGGGCCACUUUGGAUGACAUCGAGACAAAGAACAAUGAACCAAUCACGAGAAAGUCCAUGCUUCGCCGAAGCCGCUCUGUUGGCGAUUUCUACAGUGCGGAGGAGAUUUUGGAGAUGCGCCAAGUUCGCGUGGAAGCUGUCACCACCACAGAGGCAGAGGAGGGAAUGCGCUCUGCGGUUGCUUCUGUCAUCAAACCAGUUGAAGAAGCACCUAUGGAGCUUCGUCGCAAGCAAUCCAUCGCCAAUGCCAAAGCCUCUAUUCUUGGGGACGACGCGAAGCUCAUGGCUGACUUCCGCUCGAGCUUCAAGCCUCGUCCUCUUGACUUGUCGCUCGACUUCAGCAAUUCGCCUCUCCCUUCCCCUCCUGCACCUUCUGGAUUUGAGGUCAGGUCUCCUCGUGCUCCGUACUGGGUGAAGCCUAUUAGGAUGCCUAAGACCCCACGCACUUUGAGAACGGAACGUAGACAAGGUUGGGGAGGCAAAUGGGACUUUGUCGAGACGAUGGGCCAAUUGAAGCAGUUGUGAAGGGCUUUUAUACGAUGCGAGUGAUGAUGAGUUUCAUGACUUACGACCGAAUGCUAUUAAACACUGCGGACUGUUGCUUCAUGCAUCUAGUUACUACUCAGGAUUUGUGUUGACCUCUGAUGAAUUCUGCCAAUUAUUCUUUAUGCAUAUGCUUGUAUUGUGAUCUUCCAUUCACUUCUAUCCUAUCGUAGACAUCCGUAUAUGCCUCAUGGCUCCGGUCAUCAACUGCCUA